AUGCCAACACCAGACGAUAGUGUGCUAAACCCUAAUGAAAAUAGGCUUAUCAUGGAUGAGAAAAACUAUAAGCCUCAUGAACAAAAGACAGAAUACAACAGACUAUUUUCUAUGUUAACUGAAGAGCAAAGACGUGUUUAUCAAGACAUAAUUUACUCGGUAAAUCAAAACAAGGGUGGUAUGUUUUUUGUGCAUGGAUUUGGUGGUACUGGAAAAAUUUUCUUGUGGAGUAUACUUGGAGCUGAUAUUCGAUCUAAAAGUAAUAUUGUUCUAAACGUUGCAUCAAGUGGAAUAGCUGCUUUGCUGUUGGAGGGUGGUAGGACAGCUCAUUCUAGGUUCUGUAUGCCUAUCAAUAUAAACGAAUAUUCAAUGUGUUCGAUCGAUGCAGAGUCCGAUCUGGCAGAAUUGAUUAGAGAAGCGAAACUCAUUAUAUGGGAUGAGGCUCCGAUGAUGAACAAACAUUGUUUUGAAACGUUGGAUAGGACUUUGCAAGAUAUAAUGAAGUGCAAUAGGAUUUUUGGAGGUAAAGUAGUUGUUUUGGGAGGUAAUUUUAGACAGAUUCUCCCAGUAAUUCCUGAAGGUGGUAGGGUCGCAACAGUUUUGGCCUCUAUAAAAUCAUCGUUGCUUUGGCCAAGUUGUAAAGUUUUGAAGCUUACAGAAAAUAUGCGCUUACGAAAAGGUGUUAAUAACGUGCAAUCGGAUGCUCUCGCCGAGUUCUCAAAGUGGCUCCUGGAUAUUGGUGAUGGGAAAAUCAACGAGCCAAACGAUGGCGAGGUCGAAAUAGAAAUACCCGAAGAUUUACUAACAGCAUCUGAGGAUCCUAUCCACGCAAUCGUUCAUGAAAUCUAUGGUAAAUCCUUCGCUAAAGAGAAUGACCCAAAAUUCGUUAAGCGAAGAGCUAUUCUUAGUCCGAGGAACGAAGACGUUGAUAAAAUCAAUCAAUAUAUGCUUUCUCAACUACCAGGUGAAGAAAGGCGUUAUCUUAGUUUGGAUUCCAUUGAAACAUCGGAUACGAGUGUUUUCGACGAUAUGGUAUACUCGCAGGAAUUUUUAAACAGUAUAAAUGUUUCUGGAUUACCUAAGCAUGAAUUAACAUUGAAGAAGGGAGCCCCUAUCAUGUUGCUAAGGAAUAUAGAUCCUAAAGGUGGUUUGUGCAAUGGUACGAGGUUAAUUGUUACUCAGAUGGCUAAUCAUGUUAUAGAGGCAAGAAUCGUAACAGGUAACGGUAUUAAUGAAAAAGUACUUAUCCCUAGAAUGUUUGUGUCUCCGCCAGAUGCAAAGUUUUCUUUCCGUAUGAGGCGUCGCAAAUUUCCUGUAGCUCUUGCGUAUGCAAUUACUAUUAACAAAAGCCAAGGUCAAACGUUGGAAUACGUUGGAUUGUUUUUACCAAAGCUAGUCUUUACACAUGGACAACUAUAUGUUGCACUAUCUAGAGUGACGACGAGAAAAGGAUUGAAGAUUUUGAUUACGAAUGAAGAUGGGACAUGUCAAAACAAGACUCUUAACGUAUUUUUUAAAGAAGUUUUUGAUAACAUUUAG